ACCGCCACCUUCCAGACUAGAGUAUAGAUCAGAUGUUAAGGCUCUCAGUCUGUGCUGAAGCUCCAGCUAAAACCAACCUAACCUGAUCACCUGCAGACCUUCCUCUUCCUCUUCCUCCUCCUCCUCUUCCAGGUUAGGGUGGAGCUGUCUCUACGUGAAACUCUGACAACACAGCAGGUGUCAGAAAUAACAGCAGAGUUGGAUUAAAAACGGCAUCUAUCAACCUCACAGUAUGAGUCAACCGCCCCGUUCCAACCGGGGACACCGGGAGAGGAACGGAGAGCAGAGGCGGCCCGGGGAUAACAGGCGGUCCACUCCGGACAGCUCCUUUACUGCCUCCCAUUACAGCCGGCGAGAAUCCGAGCCUCCUACCAGGUAUUUGAGGGAAGAUCCCCGGAUGGAGCACCAGGCCUCCAAAUGUACCAACAUCUGUUCCCGGAGAGGCAUCGUGCUGAUCUGCUCCGUCCUAACCAACGCCCUCGUCCUGAUCUGCGUGGUCGCGGCCCAGAUGGUGAUGUCAGGCUUGUCGUCCAUGGGCGGCAUGGGCGGCAUCAGCAUCAACAGCAACUUCAACUUACAGGGCACCGAGCUGCAGCAAGUGCGAGAUCUGGACAUGAAGUACAGCCAGAUGAGGGCGCCCGGUAUCUACGGCGGCAUCGCCUUCAGCCUGACCUUCGGGGUCGUCUCACUGCUGUUCGUGGUCGCUGGGAACAAACCCGCCCACCACUUGAAUCAGAAGCUGCUGGUGGGGGCGUUGGUGUUCCAGGCAGUGGGUGCCGUGGGCUACGUGGUCGCCGUGGGCCUCUACCUGCACUUUGUCAUCCAGGUCAACUCCACGGACGUGUGCAAGCUGCGACAGGCUCUAUACUCGCGCAACGGCUACACCUGGAUGAACUGCGACGUGAGCGGGGGUGACGCAGCCGUGGCGCUGUUCGGGCUGAUCACCGCCAUCCUGUACACCGCCGGGACCGUGCUGACGGUCCAGACAAUUAGGGGAGUGAAGCGCUACCAACAGGAGAAGAAGAGGCGGCAUGCAGAGAAACAGGAGGGCCAGGGGAACCACCACAGGGCCCCGUUGAGGGCAGACAUAACGUCAGUGUGAGGCUGACGGUGUUCAACCAGCUGGGUUCAGAUCGGAGCCGAUCCAGAGAGGACCAAAUUAUAACGAGAUCUGAAACUGAUCACCAAAAAUGACUCCUGACAUGGAUGUGUUCACAGUAAGAUGACGUAGUUCAUCAUCCGGCAGAAACCGAUGAGUCACACAUUGCUGACAUUCUACCAAACACUGAUCAUAGUUGCAACCGACUCCUUUUUCUGAUUAAGGAAUCCAAUCGUUCAGGACAAGUGUCUAAUGUUAAGAUUAUUAACACUAUCAGAGUUUUCAGUUUAUUUAACGUCAUAGAAUCAGCUUCAGAAUGACUUCCUGUUUUUAUUUUUUUACCAAUCACAGUAAAGGAAGUAUGCAUGUAAUAUAAACUCUUGGAGCCAUGUGAUUUACAACAAAUACAAAGAACAAGCAGGAAUCAACCAUGAAGCAAAGUGGGACAUUUACUUUAACUGCUUGUUUUUCACCUGUUGCCACUUUUAACUUUCAGAUUCUUUAUUAAACUCAGGAAAUAGUGUAGAUAAGUUUUUAUAUUCUGUAAAUACCUCCAGUAGUUGUAAAUCAUGUUUCUUAUUUUUAUGGUGUACCUGUUUGUUUCUCAGUGCUUGAAAUUCUUGCAGUUGUGGUUGACUUAUUUUGUUUUAAUCACUUUAACCAAAUACCAGCUCAAGAAUCACUGGACUUGUUUUUAAUGUGGUGGCAGUUAUAUAAUUUGUUUUUACAUUACAGAUUUAUUCUUUUCCUCUGUAGUUUUUCUGUAAACUAAAACUAUCAGGUGAAAUUAAAAAAAUAAAAAAGGUGACUUGA